AUGGCUCACAGCUUCGAUUUACUGGCGGCUCUCCCAGCUGGGCUCAGAGCGGCCGCCAUGGCCGGUGUGGGAUCCCGGUCGGAGCUCCUGAACCUGUUGGGCGAUGUCAAAGCCCGUGUUCAGGACAAGAUCGGCAUUGUGGACUUCCCGAUGCCUCAGUUCAUCUUGAUUGGCAAGCAAUCGGUGGGAAAGAGCAGACUUAUCGAGGCCCUCGCAGGGGAGACCUUCAACUUCAUCUCCGGGACUUUAGGCAGCCGAAGGCCCACGAUCCUCGAGUUCCGAAAUGUUGCCGGCACGAAGGCAUCGAAAUGGUUUGUUCGGGAUAGAGCUUCGGGACACUGGAACGAGCACGAGAUCGGUAGAGUCAUGCAGCUGGUCGGUGAUGCGCAUGAGGAACUGGGGGAAACGGUUUCUGCUGAUCCUAUUUGCGUACGUGUCCAGUCUCCUGCAUGUGUAGACAUGCAAAUAGUGGAUCUUCCGGGCUUCCGGGACUUCGCGCUGGAUAGCUCCAAGCAGGAGCUGUGCAACAGGAUCGAAGAGCUCGUGAUGCAAUUCAUGCGGGAUCCUCGCAACGUGAUGCUUUGUGUCGAGCAGUGUGGGGAUGCGGCCACCAUGUCCACUUUGGGCAAGUGCCGAAAGAUCGACCCCAAGUUUCAGAGGACCAUUCUCGUUCGAACGAAGUUGGACAAGUACUAUACCGACCUGACGAAGGACAACGUCAACCAAUGGGUAGACGGCUUCGGCGACCUACCCGAAAACUUGGUCCGUUUCGCCCUGACGCUUCCUUGGUGGCAGGAUGGAGAGGUCUGUCCGGCUGAUUCUUUCGUGAAGCUACGGGACGACAUGAACCAAAAGGACGUGAAGGAGAUGAGGGACCGGAUGUUGAAGCCGCAGUACCUAGAGACUAUCGGCUUCCAGUCCUUCGCCAAUUUCAUGGAGAAGAAGAUCGAGCAUAUGUUUGCUGAUGCAAUCAACCCUGUGCUCGACAAGCUGAAAGACCUGAAGGCCAAGUGGACCUCCAAGGAGCAAAGCCUGGUCACUGAGCACGAGGAGACGGACAGCGAGGCAGAGGUUGCUGGAGGCUGCGUGGAGGAAGCCACCACCCGGGAGGCCGACAAAGCCGGUGGCACCAGUACGACAAGCAGCCCCCGGCUGAGCGCUCUGCGCACGAAACGGAGCCACCGUGCGAUGAGUCAAAUCUCUGGCGCCGACUUGGCCGGCGGAAGUCCCGCGACGAAAAGCACCUCUGCAGACGCGGGGGCUGGCAUCGGCCUGGGUCACUUUAUGGGUUCGGAGCUUGAGGCGCCCAAGCGAGCUCGGAUGGGUGCUAUCGCUUCUGCGGCAGCGGAGCAGUGGGGUUUGGAUCUCGAGAACUUGGAGCUCUGGGCGGAGCACCGACGUCUGCCCGGAGUUGGGCUCGCAGAUUUGCUGGACUACCGCCGAGACCAUCCGGAGGAAGACCUCUCUGCAGGUGGGUCUUGCUUCCAUCCUCGAUUGAGCACCUCCAUUGCAAAAUCGCACUUGCAGCACAAGGAGACAGAGUGGAUCCUGAGCACCACUCGGGAAUGUGGGACGUCCUUCGCCCAGGCCCUGAGGCACGUCAUGGAGGGUAUCCCGAACUUAAUGACCGGGCGGAUGAAGCUCGAUGCAGAGCUCAGAUCGUUUCAUGACCAUCACUUGAAGGUCGGAUCCGAUCACUUCGUGAUGCUUCCGUCGGAGGAUUUUCGUGAUUUAGAUGAUUACAUAGAGUAUCUGACAAACGAAAUACAAGUCGGUGCUUCGGACGCAGAGGUCAACGGCGGUGCUCAGUUCCGCCGCGUCAUGUCUGAAGUCGAAAUUUUCCUCCGAUUUUCCGAGAUCGCCGUGGAGACCAAGAAGCGUGACGUGAUCCAGGCGCGCGGCGUCUCGAUGAGUUCCUUAACUUGGCGCGAUGUGGUGGUGAAGCUCCUGAGUAAUGAAGCGCAUCUGCCUUUGCAGAGAAGAGUGCAGUACGUCGGUGAGCGCAUCAAAUGGUUCUUCCAGAUCCAAAAGGAAGCCGUCAUCGACUUCAUGGCCAGCUUGGAGGGGAACCCGAGCGCGACGAUGUAUUCCAGCCUUCUCUGGAAGAAUGUGAAGCUCAUUAAACAGAACGAGAUGAUCAAGCACCUGGUCUUCUCUACCUACGAUCAGGCCUGCCAGCGCCAGUUGAAUCAGUUCAUCGAGCUGUUCGACAACAUGCUCACGUCCACCUUUGCCAACCCGUGGGUGUUCCUCAAGGGUGCGACUUACGGAGGCUACGCAGAGGAGGAGGAUGCCGACGCUGCACUUCCUUCCAUUGACGACACAAAGGAGAGGAUUCCAAAGGAGAUCCAGAGCCGGUCCGGGAUCGAAAGCACCCUCUCCAAGUGGCUGCUCGAAAUCCCCACGGAGUCUCAUCAGAUCGACGAGGCAGUCGACAAGGUCCAAAUGCUGGUCCUUAAGACGUACAGCUUCAUCAGAUCCCAGGUGUGCGAUCAGGUAGAACUGUUUGCAGAGUCCUUUUUCAAGCUGCCGAUGCUGCGUCGACUAGAAGAGGACAUGAACAAGAUCUCACUCUCCGAUGCGGACAAGACCAACUACAAGGCGCGGCGAGAGCGCCUUGAAGGAGAGGUGACGAAGGUCCGAGAAAACUUGAAGGAGGUCUCGGAGUGCAUUGAGAGGCUGCAGGGCUUCAAGCUCAAGUGCAACGCACAGCGAGCUCACUGA